AUGGGUUGCUUCUUUCUUUGUUUCAAGGGCUCUAAUGGCCGUAGAAGGUGCAGGAAGCACAAGAAAUCAUCACCUGUAAAGUAUGGUGGUUUUGUUUUUUUACUCCCUCGGGCGAUUACACAGGAGAAGGAGAGCUGCGCCUAUUUCCGCUCGAUCUCUUCCGGCAUUGAAAUCAUCGCUGAAACAGCAGCUGCUGCGGUUAACCCUUUUCCAAAGCUAAGCGAAAACGAGGAGCAAGGAACAGUUUCUAAUAUCAGGAAGAAAGUGACUUUUGAUCUGCAUGUUACCACGUUUGAGAUUGUGCCUUUUCAUGAAGACUCGAAAGACUUUACUGAAGAUGGUGAGAUUGUGAGGGAAGCGAAGGAGGGGAAGAAGGAUAAGGAAGAGGAAGAGUGCAAUCAUGAAUCGAAGAUUGCAGCAGCUUGUCCUCCAAAUCAUAGGUAUCAGAACUGUGACAGCAGCGAUGAUGAGGGCUUGGAUGAAGAGGAUGAAGCUUCAGAUGAUGAUGAAGAAAAUGAAUUUGAUGAAGGUGAUGACAUCAGCAUCAAUGGGGAUGAAGAGGAGUCUUAUGAUUCUUACUUUUCUCUUCAUAUGGAGGGCGAAAGUAAACACUUUCACGAUGUUACCAAACCCAAUCAUACUACUACUGAAUCUAAUACAGACGUGGAGCUGCCCUUUUCCUCCAAAGCAAGUGUUAGAGACCGGAGCAGGUAUAUCAACUCUGUUUUGAACCCAGUAGAAAAUAUUUCACAUUGGAAAGAACUUAAGGUUCGGCCUACUUCAAAGAAUCCGAGCAACAAGAAAUUUGAACCCAAUACUAGAUCAUUCAUUAGUCCAGAACCCACUUUUUCAGAGGCUGAAAGACCCCACAAGUCAUUCUCUUCAAACCCAAAUCCUGAUGAUUUUGGCAAGCAAGAGAUCGCCUUGGAUGCAAGCCUUUCAAACUGGUUGGUUUCUCCAAAUAAUUCGAAACCUGAACCGCAAAGGAGCAAUUCAAUGCUUUCAAAUUCUUCAAUAAGCCAGGAGGAGCGCCCGAUUUUAGGAGCUCUAACCAUUGAAGACAUAAAGCACUCAUCCAGAACUUCAUCACCGAGGAAGUCCCCGAGCUGGAGUGCUGAAGAAGUUCCUAUUGUGGGAACAGUGGGUGGAUACUGGAGUUCUAAAUCUGGGGAGGAGUCGUCUUCUUCAUGGAGCUCUAUAUCUGAGGAAAGAGGGAUUCCAAACACAACUGGCAAAUACAGAGAGGAUAAACGGGUGAAUUUAUACUUCACUCCGUUCGAAACAAGAUUGGAAAGAGCCCUCAACUCUGAAACACGCAGUAAUGUGGAAUACACUGCUUGAUUUAAUCGCAUAGAUACCCGAAAGGCCUGCUGGGUUACCUCCAGAUCUUUUCUGUCCAUUGAAAGGAUGCAAAACGUUGCCGUUCACAUUCUACAAAUAAGCUUCCUUUUUUGCUGGAAUAAAGAUGACUGCUUCAAUCUGUGUAUGUAGCCGUUGCUUUUCUAAUAUUUAAAAAACUGGUGGAGUCUUUCAUUGCU